GCGGAAGUAAACAUGUCGAGAGAAGAGUCGACUGGUGCUAUUCUCCAUUCAUCCGAUGACAACCCUAUGGAGGACAAACAUACAGGCUCGACUAGCGGGGUAGAGCCUAAGGAUGAUGACAAUGUUGCUAUUGAAAAUGAUGUAGAACAUGUUGAGGAGGUGGCACAAGAUGCUGCUCUACAGGAGCCUAUACACCUCGCCCAGAAACUUUUAAAGGAUGCUGCAACGAGUCAGUAUGCCACUACAUUGGAAGAAGAUGCCGUGGGGAAGCUCAUCAGUGCCUCAAAAGAUGGCAGUAGAGAGGCUGAUGAUAUACUGAGGGAUUGUUUGGCUAAAGGAAGGGGUAUCACUGACACCAAUAUUGAUGAGGUGAAGUGGUGUCUUACCACAAGUGAGAGUGACAAAGCUGUUAGGAAUGCCGCUAAGAAAUUGUUCAAGAGCAUAUCACCGUUCGGACAAACAGAAAUAUAUGCACAUGCAUUCAAAGAUUCCAUAAAGAAAAUACAUGCCUCGAGAUUUGAGAAGAAACUUCUCAACAGUAUUGUGUCCCCAGACGUGGAUGAAAUACUGACUGAAGAUGUAUUCAUAUCAAAGGUUUACGAUAAGUUAAAAGAUAUACAUGUAGACUUGGAGACAAAGGUGGAUGAAGAUGAUCCUCAGUCUGUGGCAUUUGACCAAGCAAAUCUUAGAACCAAGAUUCUACAAUACCCAACCAAGACAGCUGGUGCAAUGGUUGACUACACACUGGACACGGUAUCAAAGCAAGGCUCUUACUGGCUCCGGUCAAUGAUCCCCACCAACCAGAUUUACAUGUUGACAGCCUUUCUCUUGUACAGCCUUAUGACGUUCAAGGCCUUUAUGUUCAUCUUACCAUUAUUCACUUUAGCUGUUGGAUUCACAGCUUUAGUGAUAUGUUCACUACAAAUGAUGCACAGCAAGAAAAAACUGAAAGACGUUCAAUCAUGGACAAAGGUUCUUAAGAAGUUCAAUGAAUCAUUGAGUGAUGAUGUUACAGAAGCAGAAUUCGCGUGGCAUACCAUGACGCCGUAUUGGGUUUUCUUUCCGAUGUUGAUUGUUUCAGUAAUGUCAUUUUCUGUUGCCAGUAAGGUCUGGGUACCAUGUUCUGAGAUGUGUAUUCUAUCCAUCGUGUUUAGUUUCUGGUGCUUCUUUGCUCUAAGUGAGACUUACGAUAUUAUGUUAAUCUUAUCCAUGGUCUUGAAUUUCAUCUCCACCCUCCCUAUGUUCUUCCAUGACUUCCCUCGGAUACCAGUCCUCUACCAUAUUGUGAACGUAUUCACUGGUAGCAUCUUCUCCUUUGAGGUGAUGAAUGGGAUACAACUCAACGUAGGGAUACCGUCAUUCAUUUAUGUCACGAUCCCUAUUGUUUUCCUACUUAUAGCUAUCCAGAAAUCCUGGCAGGGAACAUACAGGAAACUCAUUCCACAUUUGGUUUUCUUUUUCUGGUGGCAGCUGGCAGCUUUAUUUUUCACAUUUUCCACGUGGUCAGGCUUGGCUAGAGCAUCUUUGGGUUACGUUAUGCUGGUUGUACUUAUGCCAGUUAUAAGCAUUGUGUUGCUAUUAGGAGGUAUGUAUUACGCCGUUAAAGUUUUGACUUUGACGGGAGUCCUUAAAAUUGUUACAACUCUUGUAAUGUUGGCUAUUCCAGCGGCUUUAGGUUUAUGGUCACAAGGGUUUUUCAAGAUCAGGGGCCUAACAAUGGAUUCAAAAUCAAAAGCCGUGAAAUUCCUCCUAGCCGGAGUUGCAAUAUUUUCCUUUGUGCCACUUAUGUACGUCUAUACCCCAGCUGAACGGCAUGUUCACAUGGACCAGACAAUCAAAUGGCAAGAUUAUCGUAACUUGUGCAGCAGCAAGGCCUGGGAAAGAUCAAAUAUGGCUGACAUCCAGAUCAAAUGCCUACAAUUUGUUGAUAGUAAAGUAGAAUGGACCGGAACUGUGAAACUCGUUAAGGUUGCAGCAAUUUCCAACAAUGUAGAGCACUUUUUCAACAGUUUACCGUACACUUUGUCCCACUGGUUGAAAUGCGUCUAUGGAGAGGAAUACCCCAAGUGCGACGCAGACACAAUGGGUGCGACGAUGUACGAAUAUUGCAAAGUCCGAGAGAACCAGACAAGUAAUUGCCACGUUGAGAAUCUCAAUUAUUACACAUUUGAGAUCUGGGUUACAAUGCCUAUCGAGAAUAACAUCACCCAAGACAUAAUACUAGUCGCUGGUAAUCAAUAUAGGGCGAUAAUAGAGACACUAAAGGAGGGCUCAACGAUAGGAUUCCGGGCGAGAUUCCAGAAGGAUGUGGGUGGGUUAAGGCCAUAUCUCUUGGUGAAACAUAUGGAGUGCCUUGACUGUAUGGUUUCAUUAAAUGAAGCCAAACCCAUCGUCGAGGAGGAGGUAUCAAUCUCGGAACAAUUAAGAGAUGGCGUGAUAUUCACUGCGAAUUUCUUCACAUGUCCUGUUCUUGAAUACAAAAUCAAAACAGAUCAGUGAACCACUACUGGGUGAAUUUUGGACUAAAACUGGACAACUGAUAUAGUCUGCUUUUGCUAGGGGGAUCUGUUCAGUGUUCUUUUUUAAAUAUGCAUAAUAUAAUGGGAGGGGAUAAUUCAUGUGCAUGCAUAUGGAUCGUGAAUAUAAGUCAUUAUGAGGACGAAUCGCUUAUGACUUGCCACCUGUUGUUCAAAAUUAAGUGCGUAUGAAAACGCAACAAGCAAAAAUAAACCAUAAAUCCACAAAAAACAACGAUGAUUGGAUCAAUUUUAUUUAUUGUAUCAUAAUGCCAUGUUUCUCCUCUUCAAUGAUAUGUCAUUUAUUUGGGGUCGUGGAUGGCUUAAUAAUCAUUCCAUUUGUAGAGUAGGUCAAAAUCGGCUUUGGACAAAGUUUUAGACAUUGCAAGUCAGUGCACGGGCCUUGUGCUAUUGUGCUAUUGGAAGAUCUGCUGACCUGACCUGACUUGUGGCUUUUUCCUUUUGGCUUAUCUCAAGAGCACUUCUUAUCCACAACAUUGCAACACAUCGAGAAAGAAUCAUCCACGGGCUGUUUUUCCUCACUCGAAACCCACAGGUGACUCAAAGAGCCCUGCCUGACAUGGGAAGAUCAGUCCAUAUCUGAGUGCAAAGAAAUGGUGACCAUGCGAAUGGAUAUGAAUUGUAAUCUUGCAUGAUUAUGAGUAUGAACAAUUAAUAUAUAUGUUCAUAACACGCCUUCCAAUAGGACAUUGGCCACUGGUUUUUGCAAUGUCUAAAACUUGGUUCCUAGUUGAUUUUGGCCCAUUCUGCAACAGGAAUGUUAAUUCAACCAACCUUUGAAGAGAAUAGAAAUGUAGCUUCAUG